ACCUAGCUUCACAAUAAGUUUCUUUUCUCCGUCGCUGCUGCAGGCUUUUCUGCGCCGUCGUUUAUUCGAUCUUCACUGCCGUCGUCUGCGCCGUUCCCCGUAAUCGAAUCAAAGCAGACGCGCGAUGCUAGGUAUUUCAUAUGGAGAGCUCUUCCUCAUAAUCGGCGCCACUGCUGCUCUCAUCGGGCCUAAAGACCUCCCCUUCAUAGCUAAAGCCGCAGGGAGGCUAGCGGGCAGGGCAGUAGGGUAUGUUCAGAUGGCUCGAGGGCAAUUUGAAAGCGUAAUGCAGCAGUCCCAAGUUAAUCAGGUUCAUAAAGAGCUUCAAGAUACAAUGGCUCAGUUGGAAGCAAUACGGUAUGAAAUCCGAGGCAUAUCAGUCAUGAAUCCUAUUCCAUUCACAAGAAGAUUAGAAGGCGUGGAGCCUCCAGCUAAAAAUGGUGCAGUUUUUGCUGAGAAAUCUGAUACAGAUCAUAUGUCAGUGCUAAACAAUGCUAAGGAUCUGGGUUCCACGGAGACAAAUUCAUCCAGCAUCCAUAGUCAAGCUAUGGCAUAUGCGAGGUUAGCUAAAACAACAAUCAUAAAGUUCAAUUCUUCACAAGCAAGCCUGAAUAAUGAGAACCUCAAUGGUCAAGAUGGUCUUCCAUCUGUGUUACCAAUUUCUGCUGAAAUUGCAGGGCUUCUGUCAAAACGAAAUGAUGACGUGAAAGGAUCAGAUAUUCUGCAUGAAGCAAUUGUGGAAGCAGAGGUUGCAAAAAAUGCCAAACAAUUUUUCUCACAGCCUGAAAACCAAAUACCCAAGGAAUGAAAAGGUUUGCUUAUUUUGCAGUUUUUCUACACAAAUCCAAGAUACGAUCGAUGCCUGGCAUAGCAGUUUCGAAGAGAAAAAAAUAUCCCAUAGUGCUCAGCCUCCAAAGCAAAUAUAAACAUUUUGAAGCCUGUAGCCAUGAAAAUGAAUUAUGCGUGCUGUUCUUUGUCAAUCAUCUCUGUAACAUGCUAUUGCUAAAUUCAGCAGAGCUUCAAUGGCCAUGUUUACUCUCUGUGCACUUGUUUCUGCUAAACAUCUUACCUUAUAAUCAUUAAAGUUUAGGGUAAUUUUCUUGUAGAAUACUAUAUUUGAACUCUUGUUUUUAAUGUCCUCGAGAUUUUUCUAAUAUGUGGAAUCGAGCUUGGCCACUAACUUUUCUAGCAGCCAUCAAUGAAAAAAAUAUUUUAGCAUCA